AUGUCACCAACUAAGACACAAAAUUCUGCUGAAGAGAAUAUUAGGGCUGAGCUUGGCCUUUCUGCAGAAGUCGUCACCAUCAGACGUAAUGCUCCAGCUGCUUUGUUAUAUGAAGAUGCUUUAAAAGAAAGAGACACAGCCAUUUCCAAUGCUGGUGCCUUGAUUGCCUACUCUGGUGAUAAGACCGGAAGAUCUCCACGUGAUAAGCGUAUCGUUGAAGAAGAAACUUCAAAGGAUAACGUUUGGUGGGGUCCAGUAAAUAAGCCAUGUUCCGAAAGAACUUGGGAAAUUAACAGAGAAAGAGCUGCUGAUUACUUGAGAACUAGGGAUCACAUUUACAUUGUUGAUGCUUAUGCUGGCUGGGAUCCUCGUUACAGAAUCAAGGUCAGAGUGGUUUGUGCUAGAGCUUACCAUGCCUUAUUCAUGACGAACAUGUUGAUCAGACCAUCAAAGGAAGAACUAGAAAAUUUCGGUGAACCUGACUUCACCGUCUGGAAUGCUGGUCAAUUCCCUGCUAACACACAUACCUCCGGUAUGACUUCUAAGACUACUGUGGAAAUUAACUUCAAGCAAAUGGAAAUGGUCAUCUUGGGUACCGAAUACGCUGGUGAAAUGAAGAAGGGUAUUUUCACUGUGAUGUUCUACUUGAUGCCUGUAAAUCACAAUGUCCUCACCUUACAUUCUAGUGCCAACCAAGGUAUUCAAGAUAAUGACGUUACUUUGUUCUUCGGUUUGAGUGGUACUGGUAAGACUACCUUGUCCGCUGAUCCUCAUAGACUGUUGAUCGGUGACGAUGAACACUGUUGGUCCGAUCAUGGUGUUUUCAACAUUGAAGGUGGCUGUUACGCUAAGUGUUUGGGAUUGUCUGCCGAGAAGGAACCAGAAAUUUUCAACGCUAUCAAGUUCGGUUCUGUUUUGGAAAACAUCAUUUACGAUCCUAACACUAGAGAAGUUGAUUACGAAGAUUCUACAAUCACAGAAAACACUAGAUGCGCUUACCCAAUCGAAUACAUCCCAAGUGCUAAAAUCCCAUGUCUAGCUGAUCACCAUCCAAAGAACAUUGUCCUGUUGACUUGUGACGCUUCAGGUGUUUUGCCUCCAGUAUCCAAGUUGACCCCUGACCAAGUUAUGUACCACUUCAUCUCUGGUUACACUUCCAAGAUGGCUGGUACUGAACAAGGUGUCACUGAACCAGAAGCAACUUUCUCCUCUUGUUUCGGUCAACCAUUCUUGUCUCUACAUCCAAUGAAAUAUGCUACAAUGUUGGCUGAAAAGAUGGCCGAACAUAACGCUAACGCUUGGUUAAUCAACACUGGUUGGACUGGUUCCUCUUACGUUGCUGGUGGUAAGCGUUGUCCUUUGAAGUACACCAGAGCUAUCCUAGAUGCCAUCCACGAUGGCUCUUUGGCUAAGGAAGAGUAUGAAGUUUUGCCAAUCUUCAACUUGCAAAUUCCAAAGGCUGUGGGUGACAAGGUUCCAGCUUCUCUACUAAAUCCAAGUAAGAACUGGGCUGAAGGUGAAGCUAAGUACACUUCAAAUGUCAAGUCAUUGGCUAAUUUGUUUGUAGAAAACUUCAAGACCUACCAAGAUAAGGCUACCGAACAAGUCUUAGCUGCUGGUCCGCAAUUAUAA